UUAUAAUCUCAACAACCAAACAAUGUAAUUUCAAAUUGCAUCUAUUAUAUCAAUGCAUGCAUUUAUAUCAUAGUGAUUCAUAACAAUACAACGAUUUAACAUACGCAACUUCCAAACGACCCCUUAAGACUAUUGUAAAAAUUGGUUCAGCAACCAAGCCCAAUCCAUCAAAACCAUAAAGUAUAGCUUCGAAGGUGUUGAAUGAUGGGUUGCACAUGGAUUUCUAAGUGAUUGCAUGCAGCCUUGAUUUCAUUCAGCUCACCCCUCGUUCGAGUCCAACAAACAACAAACAUUUUUAUUUUAUUUUUUUUGACUUAAGAAAUCUCAAAACCCUAUAAAGCAUAAUGUGUCUCAAAGUAAUAAAUCUAUGAGCAUCUCGGGUCGUAUUUCACAAGAUUUUCUAGUAGCAACUACUUUGUAACUAAAUAGCCUAUGCUCGAAUGAGAGUGUGAUGAAAGAUAAAUCGAUGGGUUGAGAUUUCCCACUAAACAGCCUUGAGAGACAAUCAUGUGUUGUAUGGCCAACCAUACCAUCGCUCCCAAAAUGUUUGGGCAGAUGACCAGGUAAGCACUCGACCAUAUAUACCUCAUGUAUUUUGCAUCAUGAUGGCGAUUCUUUAAUCUUUCAAAAACUUACUUUACUUUUUUUCAUAUAGGAAUAUGUUGUUGUCUUUUAUAGGGGGGCCUCACACACUUGCCCUUAGGGAUAGGCAGAUCAAGAUUUUUCAGAAAAAGUGGGCUUGGCAAGGGUGAGGUUAUUUGUAGGUAUGGAGAAUGGCAACAAUCUCCUCGCAUCCUUGGCCGAGAAGUGAUUAAAUGAGACACAUGCCUUCCACCUUUUCGAGGAAGAUGAUGAUCACGUUGAGAAGCAUUGCCCUCCUUGUCGAGCUGGCAAUGGAUGGAGAGUGCAUAAUCAGGAAUUUGAAGCUCCUUACUCAAGGUUGGAGGCCAUUGAUAUUCGAGCAUUUGGGUAUCAAUGUGCCCACAGAGAGACUAGUCGGAACAAGGCCUGCCACCACUAAACAAGUCCCAACUUUUGAUCCCUUGACUAGUGCAACAUAUUAGUGCAUUGGGUGAAAAGUGAAGAGUUGUGCUCACAUAUACCUUAUUGAAUUGGUUGGGCAUUAAUGUCUCCCAACAAGUCCAAUAGGUUUAUAAAUGGCAUGUGGCUCCCACUACUAUACGGAGAUUGGGAUGUGAUGGGGAAAAAAAAGUUAGGGAUCAGCAUGUUUGGCGGUGGUGUACAUGGAUAUUUGUAAGUGUACGAAGCUGGAUACAAAGCAUAGAGGAGGAAGGUAUGUGUCGUCGCUGUGAGCAUAGAGGGGAUUUUGUGGGAUCGCUGUUUAGUGCGCGCGUGGGAGGUUCGAUACUCUCCCCUUCUCGCCAUCCUCAGCUUCCACAUAUUCACUACUCAUUGAUGUCAAAUCUUCUACAUCACUUAUGUCACUAUUGUAAGGAUGAGCCGCCCUUUCCACAUAGGGAUCAUCAUUGCGGCCAUACAGUAUAGAUGCUAGGAUUUAGCUCAUUCUUAACACCAUUUGGCCACUAUUGCCCAUCAGACUCCAUAGUUGGACCAGGUGCAAUACAAUCAUUAUAACCUGGCCAUGGUAUCCCCAUCGGGUUUAGCAGGAACGAGAUGUAGAACAUUAUCACCAUAGUCCCUACCUGAAUAACCUCCGCAACAACCAUAUUCUCCAACCGUCAAUACCCAUAACCAUUUCCUCUAUAGUCUCAUGAAUAACCACCUUCUUGUUGCCUCCUGAACUCCCAAGUUAUUAAUCAUACUCGCCUCGUACAUCACUACCAUAGUGGCGAGAGGAAUUUGCACCACCACCACCAUGGUCUUUAUAAUUCCCUCCAUGCUCACAAACCUCCUCUAUCACAAGGUACACUCCAGCAAGCCGGAGUUUGUUUUCUGCUAUAAACAACAUCACAUCCAUCCAUCAUUAUCAGACAUGGACCAUAUAUAAAAGAGCAUUUUAUACCCAUCUACUAUUGCAGGUUAACAAACGUACUCGUCUAUUAUUAUAUUACACUAAAGUGUCCUUCAACUAUCACAACACAACAAACAUAAUAUUCUAUUACGAUAUUUGUAAAAUGACUAUUAAAUGAGUGAAAUGGAUGAUUUGCUCAUACUAAUAGUGUUUGGUUGUAUUUUCCAUAAAUUUGGAGAACUUUUUUCGAAAUUUGAGGAAAAGUGUGUUUGGUAAGAAUUUAGAAAAAGCCCAGUUUAUGAAAAGUGAGUAGUUUAUUAUUAUUAUUAUUAUUAUUAUUAUUUUAAAUAUAGUUAAUGAGAUAGUGGAUAAUGUAUUUAAUAGUAAAGCAGUGAGUAUAAAGUGAAAAAUGGCUAUUAAGUGUAUAACUUUGGGAAUAUAUUUUUCUUAAAGAGUGAAGUUCUAAAUAAAAUUCUUUUUGUGAGAUGGAUUUUAGUUUUAAAUAGAUUUGUAGGUUAUGG